AAACAUCUGACAUCGAUGUUUCUCCACCUCUAGUGAGGUGACAACUUGUCACUGACAAGUCAUGAUAAUUUUUUGUAAAGCAAUAGAUUUAUCGCCAUGGAUGACUCGUUUUUCGGCUUUGACACAAAUCUACCGGACGAUGAAGGUGGCGACGGACGCAUCGCCGAGGCGGAAUACGAUGCCCUCAAUGACGAAACCUUCGGAUCGGCGAUAAAUGGCGACUGGGAGGAGGCCCACGAGACGAUGGUGCGGCUGGGCGGGAAUGGCGAAAGGGUGCGCAAGCGGCCAGCAGAAUCCAGCGGGAUUACGGAUUUCGCCGAUCACGGCAACGGAGCCUUCCUGCGGCACCCCAAUCCGCUCUCCUCGGCACCCUCGUCCAGCGGCUCCACUCCGGCCCCGUUCAAUGCCCCCUUCCGGCAGUCGCGGCACAUCGGCGACUCGGAUCUGGAGCUGAACCUCUCCUCGAUGAAGCUGGACGACGUGGACCUCUCCACGUUUGCCGCCGACAGCGAGGCCAGUGGCCUGAGCAAUCGGAUUAACCUGGACUCGGGCGUCUGGGGUUCGCAGCCGUUCCCCAACAACCAGCAUUUGUUCCGGGAGCCCAUGCGCAGCGCAUUCAAGCCGCAGCAGCAGCAACAACCACAACAGCAUCAUCUGCCGCCGCAGCUCCAACAGAUGAAACCUCCAACGGAGGCGAAUGCCAACUUUCCACUACCUCCACAGGGUUUCCCCAAGAUCACGACCCUCGAGGACAUAGAGCGCAAUAUGAUCAUCCAGCAAUCCAUGCCCAAACAGCAACAGCAGCAGCAACAGCAAAAUCAGCAGCAGGCGGAGCGCAAGAUGUUCGAUGACUUCAGCCUCGGUAACAGGCAGCAGGUCGCCACGCCGACCAUGUUGCAGCAACAGCAGUUGCAGCAGCAGCAACUGCAGCAACUCCAACUGCAGCAGCAGAAACAACAGUCGCAGCAGCAGCCACCCCAACAAGCGCAGCACAAGGCACCCCCUGGCUUUAUGGGAACGCCGCAGACCUCUCCACCCAGGCCAAAUUUGGGUUUUCCCGGUCCCCAUCCACUGCCCGAGCUAUUGCCCACACCGCCGUCGCAGCAACAACUAAACGGCAUGGGAGGCAACCGAGUGCCACCCGGGUUCAUUUACCCGCCUGGUCUGCCCGGGAAUAUACCGCAAAUGCCGCAGCAUCCGCUCAUGCCGCAGCACAUGCCGCCGAACUUUCCACUGCCCGGCGGCAACCAGCGACCAUUACCCAAUCCGCACGCUUUGCCCACGGCCCUGAACAACUUUGCCAUGCAUCCCAGCUUCAAUGCGAUGCGCGCGGCUGGCCUGCAUCCGGCAGCCUUCAUGCAGCCACCACAUCCGCACCAGAUGCAGCCACCGCGAAUGCCGCCGCAUCCGCUGCAAGCGGCCACCAGUCUACUAGGUCAGCAGCCACCGAACUCCAUGUACAACAUGUUCAACAUGCGACUGGUGCAGGAGAUCCAGCAGAACCAUCCGCUGCUCCAGCAGGCGGCAGUGGUGCGCCAGAUGCAGCAGAGCCGGGCCGGAUCCGUGGCCAGCGAUCGCCAGAAGACGCAGAUGCAGCAGCAGCCACUGGGACGACGACCAGAUGGUACAGGGAACUAUCCAUUGGAGGAGUACGAUGAGUACGCCAACCUCAUGAGCACUCGUGACAAACACUGGCUAAUCGGAAUCCAGCUAUCCCAACUGAACACGGACACGCCGUAUAUCGAUGACUACUACUACACGGUGUUCAGGGAGCGCAAGGCCCAGCAGAACGGGCAGAUGCGCAACAGCCAGGCGCACAAGGACAACCAGCUGAACCAUCCGCUUACCCAGCCGCGCGGGCAUGCGCAGCUCAUUCUAGUGCAGCUUGGCAACAAGAAUGGUACUCGUAAUGGACACGGCCGCGAGCGUCGCAACUCUGAGAACGCCAACAGCACGACAGGCAGCACGAACAAUGGGUCAGGUGGCAACAACAACAACCUGACGGGUUACAUAUUCUCGCCGCUGAAGUUCGAGAACUCCCUGGGAAAGCUGCAGUACGGCAGUGUGACAGCGCCGCGGAAAAUCAUCGAUGCCGACAUUAUGAGCGGUGAAUCGACUACCGGUGCAGAUGCCAACGCAACUUCCUCAUCAACGAGCUCGACUCCGCUGCCUCCCUCAGCGAACCAUGAUGUUAAUCCCAGCAGCAUGCGCAAGUCGCGUCACAUUCUGCUACUGAUCGAGACGCUGUAUCGUUAUCUGCUGAAGCUGGAGGAUUUGGAAAGCCCCGAGGUGAUGGCCACCAUAGAGCUGAAAAAGAAGAAGGAGGCUGAGCGCAUCGCAGCCCUUGAGCAGUUGGAAAUGGCCAACAAAACGCCCGAGGAGCGGGCCGCUGAAGCCGCCAAUCCACAGACCAUGAAUCCGCAUCUGAAGAACAAGUUCAACUAUGAGGUAGAGACGAACGCUGCGCUGGUCAACAAAUUGAAGGCUGGUCUGGCAUUUGACAAGGUGGUGUCCAUGAUGCAUGUGCGCAAGGGAAAGAUACUUCUCCGCCGCAUAACGCCCUUCAUUGCGGAUCAAAGCAUUCGCUGGGUCGUGUGGAGCGGUGUCUUCUGUUCCCUGCAAACAGUGGUGAAAAAGGACAAGGACGACAUUGAAGGAAUCUUGUACGCACUCUACCCAGAGUUCAAGAAGCACAUAAGCAAGGCAACUUUUGAGAUCCUAGUGAGCAUAUCAGCCGGCAUUACGCUGAACGACAAGAAACUGACUGGAAUCUUCUGCAGUCGCUUUGGAAUACUUUCGCUGGUUGCCCUGAUACUUCGUGCCGAAGAAAUAUACGUUUCCCGAAGUGACUCAACUCUCAUCGAGGAGAACAGGCAAAAAUGGCGGGAGUUUCUGGCACAGGUGGCAUCCUGCCUAAACCGCACUAUUCAGAACCAGACCAUCUCGGCCGCCAUCGAGUCAGAUGCGAUUCAGCCGCUUAUGGACCACUUCGAACGGUUUAAAGAUCUUAAGCUCGAUGCCCUCUUAGCAUUAAUCACCGAAGCCAGGCAUCAAAUUGAUUAGGUUGCUUUGCAAGAUUUUCUUUUCCUUCGAUUGAGGCGUUUCAAAUAAUUGUGAAAUUAUGUAGCCGAGUUCACAUUGCUUUACUCAAUUACGCAUAUGUUGGUAAGAAUUAUGUAUCCAAUACUUACAUAUGUACGACCGUGUUUAUUUUUACGCAUACUACACAAAAACUAUUGCUACAGGGUAUACAAAUCUCACACUGAAAUUGAGAAAGUACUCAACCGUCAAUAAAUUUUGAUAAUAGUUUGUUAGAAACGUUCUUUUAUCCAAAAUUUUGUGCACUGUACAAGAAAGGUAGAGAGAGGCAUGUUUUAUAAAUAAAAUAUCAAAUGGUAGGUUUUGCUCAUUGUACAUACUUAUAUCACUUUGUAUUGAUACGGAGUACUUUUCCGGCAUUUUCUGUAGAGAUUUAUAAAAAAUAAUCCACCCUGUAAUAUGUAAAUUAACAUUCUGGUAAUUUUAUUUUUUUUGUCAUCGAACAACUGGGCUUUCACUAUAACCCGCAUUAUGAAGGGAAUAUAAUAACUACGUUUAAAAAUUUAAAGCACCGAUAUAUAUGCGCGACACAUGCAUACUCAUUUAAACGUGCAACUAUAAAUAUCCAUUUGUUGUUUGGUAUUUGUAAAUAUCGGUAAUAUACAAUUUUUACUAUAAUACAUUUUGGGUUUCAUUGAAUCAAAUUUGUGCAAGACCCACUAAAGAUAACCGAGACAUUCAGCAUAAAUGUGUACUAAAUAAUUAGCACUGUGAAAGGUGCAGCCGGAAGCGUGUUUAUUAUAACAAAAUGAUCAAAAUUGUGAUACAUUUUGACUUUUAAACUUUAACGAAAAUCCGACGGUCGGAAAGAAUUAGUUUAACACACACAAACACAAAAUUUGAAAUUAGAAAAACUGCAAUUUUCAUUUUACUUCUGUAACACAACGGAGAGAUAUUUGUUAUAAGAAUCCGUUGUGGAGCAUUUUAAUUUUAUCUCGUUUUUUAAUUUAAUCGACACUAUCAUUUCAAUGUUGUUUUUAAGUCAUUUUUUAUUGAAAUUCAUGUUCUGUAUCUAAGGGAAAUUCGACUCGAUUGCAAGAGUUUUGCAUACACUUCAAGAAACUAUGCUUUUUAAGCAAAGAACAGUCAAAAUACGAUAGCUGUUUAAGAAUGUAAACGCAUAUACAAUAAUUAUUGUAGUUUAAUUUGUAUUUAUCACCAGGCAAACACUUCAAACAUUUAACUUACAUAUGUUCGCAGAUUGAAAAACAAACUUUUAAAAUUGAAAUAAUUUCAAGGAGUAUAAUAAAUAAAACAUACCAUUUCACAGAACA